ACGCAGCACAGUUGAUCGCAUAAAAAAGUGGUCAAACAAGAGAAGUGUAUCUGAACAACAACAACAACAACAACGAAAAUCCGUCAGUUGCCAGCGUUAUCAGGAGGAUGAGGGGGGUUCCUCUCUGCCUGCUGUUGUCACUGCAGGUAUGGUCCGUGCCCAUAGAGCGCGAUGGCAGUCCGCAGGAAGUCCAGCCUCCUCUGGAAGACAAACAGGAGGAGAAUAUGGAUACAGGGCUGUACUAUGAUCGCUACCUGAGGGAGGUUAUUGAAGUGCUAGAGACAGACCCACACUUCAGAGAAAAACUGCAGACAGCCAACACUGAGGAUAUUAAAAACGGGCGCCUCAGUAAGGAGCUGGAUUUGGUGGGCCACCAUGUCAGGACACGGCUUGAUGAGCUUAAGAGGCAGGAGGUCUCCCGUCUCAGGAUGCUGCUUAAGGCAAAACUGGACAGCACCAACACGCAGAGUGUUCAAAUGGACCACGUGUCCCUGUUGAAGCAGUUUGAGCACCUGGACCCACACAAUCAGAACACGUUUGAGGCCAAAGACCUGGAACUGCUCAUUGCCACAGCGACUAAAGACCUGGAGAACUACGAUGCAGAGCGCCAUGAGGAGUUCAAACGUUACGAGAUGCUGAAAGAACAUGAAAGGAGGGAGUACCUGAAGAGCCUGGACCAGGAGAAGAGGGAGAAGGAGGAAAGGAGAAUGGAGCAGAUGAGGGAGAAACACCGUCAGCAUCCCAAAGUCAAUGCUCCAGGCAGCAUUGAUCAGUUUCGUGAGGUAUGGGAGGAAACUGAUGGUUUGGAUCCAGAGGAGUUUAACCCUAAGACUUUCUUUAAGCUCCACGAUACCAACGGAGACGGGCUCCUAGACGAGCAAGAACUGGAAGCUCUUUUCACAAAAGAGCUGGAGAAGGUGUAUAACAUGGGGAAUGAGGAGGACGAUAUGGUGGAGAUGGAGGAGGAGAGGCUGCGGAUGAGGGAACACGUGAUGAAUAAUGUGGAUCUCAAUCAUGAUCGACUCAUCAGCCUGGAAGAGUUCCUCAGAUCCACAGAGAGGAAAGAGUUCAACAGCCCCAAGGAAUGGCAGAUGCUGGAUGACACAAAACCAGUAUACACGGAGGCGGAGCUUCAGAGAUUUGAGGCAGAGCUUCAAGAAAAGGAGGCGGAACUUGGUCGGAGGGCGGAGACUUUACGGCAGGAGCAGGAGCUGCUGAAAGAGAGAGGCAAAGCCCUGGAGGCCCAGAGAAAAGAAUACCAGCAGGAAAUGGCUCUGAGACAGAAGAUCAAGGAGGAAGGAGAGCAGAAGUUCCAACAAAAAAAGCAGAAAACAUCAGGAGAGAACAAUCAAGAGGUUAAAGUUCCUGGUAAACAGGAUGAAGAGAUCCAGAGCAGUCUACCAGCUGAGCCUCCUCAGAACCAGCCUUUGCAUACGUCCUAACAACACAGAAUGUUACACUAUCACACAACACAGAAUGUUACACUAUCAUACAACACAGAGUGUCACACUGAUAAACCACACACAGUGUUACACUGUUAAAGCGAUAAUUCCCAUCCUUUCCCCAGACUCACUGACAUAACCACACACUGAAUGAAAUCUCUGGACUCGGACAGAGCCCCAGACGUCAACGUCCUCAGCCUUAUCAUCCUCCAGGUGGCACCCAGAGGAUUUUCCUGAAAAUAUGUAUGGUCAGGUUCAAAUACACCACCAUAGUUUCAGUACUGAUUUUACAGUCAGUCAAUCCAGAGCUCGUAGUUUUAAUAUAAUAUUUAACAUUGUUUUGUUUUAUCACACAGUUGUAGAUCCUGCCUUAUCUGUGUGUGAGCUACCUCCUGUCUGGUUAGUGUCUGAGUAAAACACCACGCUUUACUACGUACUUCACCAAGACAUGCCACUCGCACACUCACACACUCUCUCUCUCUAGCACACACACACAGUCAGGACAUACAUGCAGAAACACACUCAUGUAUCACAGGACAAAAGACAAGCACAUUCUGGACUAAGGGACAUGGUUCAAAUCUGUGGAUUUAAACAUCUGACCAAAUAAAUAGUCUUCUUGUCUUCUUAA